GGCGAGCUGACGGCCAUCCAGUGCAAAAACGUCCCCGAUUACCUCAACGACAGGACGGUGCUGGAGAAGCACUUUGGCCAGUUCGUAAAAGUCCGACGGAUCAUGACCCGGCGCAAUAAAAAAACGGCCGUUGUCCACUUCUUCGAUCAUGCCUCUGCAGCUCUUGCCAGAAAAAAAGCGAAAGAGUUGCACAAAGACAUAGUGACAUUUUGGCAAAAGAAGAAAACAAGUCCAGCAAAAAGAGAAUUUUCAUCCAAAGAGAAGAAUGCAGGUGAAGACGAAGGAAGGCAAAGCAGUGAAGAGCAAAACUAUCAGCAUUCCCCUCUUCGAAAGCCCUUAGUAAGAUCCUCUGCCAGCAGUGUCAUGCCUGGUAAAAGUUCUCCGGCAAAGAAGCCUGGUCUUCGAAAGGCGCUGCAGUUCGAAGCAGAUCUGUUUGAUGCUAGUUCUGAAGGGCAGAGCUCGGAGGCCUUGGGAGCUUCGUUGUCAUCUCUUGGUAACCUGGUAGGAUUAGUGGCCGAGACAUCUGAGGAAAGGUACCGUCUUCUAGACCAAAGGGACAAAAUAAUGCGACAAGCUCGAGUAAAAAGGACUGAUCUUGGCAAAGCAAAAACUGUUGUUGGCACUUGCCCAGACAUGUGUCCUGAAAAGGAACGCUACAUGAGGGAGACAAGAAACCAGAUCAGUAUCUUUGAAUUGCUUCUAGGAUCUGACAAGGUAGAUCAUGCAGCAGCGAUCAAGGAAUAUAGCAGGUCCUCAGCAGAUCAGGAGGAACCUUUGCCCCAUGAAUUGAGACCCUCUGAGGUGUUGAGCAUGACCAUGGACUAUUUAGUGACAAACAUUAUGGAUCAAGGAGAAGGAAACUACCGAGAAUGGUACGACUUUGUCUGGAACAGAACUCGUGGAAUAAGAAAGGAUAUCACCCAGCAACACCUCUGCAACCCGUUGAUGGUGUCUCUGAUUGAGAAGUGCACUCGCUUUCACAUCCAUUGUGCUCACCACUUGUGCGAAGAGCCCAUGUCCUCCUUUGAUGCCAAGAUCAACAAUGAGAACAUGACUAAAUGCCUGCAGAGCUUGAAGGAGAUGUAUCAGGACCUGGCUAACAAGGGGAUUUACUGCAAGAGUGAAGCAGAGUUCAGAGGUUACAAUGUCUUGCUGAAUCUCAACAAGGGUGAUAUUCUCAGAGAAGUACAGCAGUUUCACCCAGAGGUUAGAAACUCUCCUGAAGUUAGAUUUGCAGUUCAAGCUUUUGCUGCAUUAAACAGCAACAACUUUGUGAGGUUUUUCAAGUUAGUGCAAGCAGCUUCCUAUCUGAAUGCCUGUCUCCUACAUUGUUAUUUCAACCAGAUUCGUAAAGAUGCUCUCAAAUCUCUCAAUAUUGCCUACACUGUGAGCACCCAAAGAUGUACAGUGUUUCCCUUGGAUCACCUGGUCCGCAUGCUAAUGUUCAAAGACUGUGAGGAAGCAACGGAUUUUAUAAGUUAUUAUGGCCUGAGUGUAUCCGAUGGUGCUUACGUGGAGCUGAAUCGCUCAGCUUUCUUGGAGCCAGAUGGAUUACCCAAACCACGUAGAUCGAUGUUUGUCAGUCAGAAGCUGUCGGUCUCGGUUGGGGAAGUUGUCAAUGGUGGGCCAUUGCCCCCAGCGCCUCACCACAUACCUGUGUCCAGCUUCAAUGGACAGAACAAAUAUACUGGUGGAAGUGCUCCUGUGGAUCAAGCUAGUAGCCAAAAAUCCAGCGUGGAAGCAACAGAAGGAAGAGUGGAAAGCAAAGGUGUGGAUUUAGAUGCCGCAGCAGUAAGAGUCCAGCCCCCAGCUCAUCUUCUGCCCCCGCUGUUACUUCGUCAGCUUGCGCCAAUGCCACCACCUGCGCAGGCGAUCUCCCAACCUGCUGGACAACCUGACCCUCUCCCUUCAAAGCUUCAGCCUGUCUACACAGACACAGAUAUCGCCGAAGUAGUGGACGGGCUCGUGCAUGAUGUCCUCAAAGGAGAGUGCAGAGAAGUCGGCAGAGCAGGAGUGGCUUAUGUGACUGCUGCCAUCUGCACCUCGGAGGCCAUCGUGGAGGAACUGGUGACUGAAGCGGUGGAGGAGAUCCUCAGACAAGUGGCUGGAAGCGUGCUCAGCGCAGAAAAGGAGCGUGUCAAAGAGGAGAGGCGCAGAGUGGAAGAAGAGAGGCAAAAGCAGAAAAGAGAGCAGUUAAUAGAGCAGUUGAGCCAGUUGAUGGGUAUGGAGUUAAUGGAAGAAGUAAUAAAGGAGAGCGUUCAAGAAGCUUCAAACAACGAGUUAAAAUGUGCCUUAGAAAGAGACCGGCAAGCCCGUAUUGCCCGCUGUUCAGAAGAAGUCUGCGGUCACGUCAUGGACUUCUUUCUGGAGGAUGAGAUUUUCCAGAUUGCUAAGGAAACCCUUCAGGAGCUCCAGUGUUUCUGCAAGUACUUGAAACGGUGGAGGGAGGCAGUGGCAGCUCGAACAAAGUUGAAACGUCAAAUGAGGGCAUUUCCAGCUGCCCCCCGCUGCACAGAUCCAAAAAAUAAACUGAAGGCACUGUCCCCCAGUGCAGAGUGGCCUAUAGCCAUGGAGAAUUUGUGCAAGAGAAUUGUAAACCUGGGGAAUGGAGGAAAGCUGGGGAUCUCUUGCACGAGAUUGAAUUGGCUGAGAAGCAAGACAGCGCAUGAAAUUAAAGUUCAGCACUUCUACCAGCAAUUGUUAAGUGAUUUAGCAUGGACUCCCCUGGAUCUUGUCUCGUUAAUCACUGAACAUAUUCCAGUUCAACAAGAACAGGUGUUUUGGAAGGUGUUACUGGUUUUGCCAAAUGAUGAUGAAUAUGCGGAGGAUGAUCCCAACAGGGUACUGGUGGAUUGGUUGAAAGCCAAAUUUAUGGGAGACAAAAGCUGGAAGAAAAACGCUUCACAUAUAGAAGGCAGAAUUCAAACACUGACGUUGUUUACUUCUCCUGGCAUGCAAGGGAGCAGAAGCAUUAAAGUCAGUGUGUGUAUCAAGGUGGCAUAUGGUGCGCUCUCUGACUCUGAGCUUGACACGGCUGAGAUGCAAAAAGACUUGCUUGGAACCAGUGGUCUCAUUCUUCUCCUGCCCCCUCGAGUUAGGAGUGACGAUGUUGCAGAAGAUGAUGUUUACUGGCUUUCAGCUUUGCUGCAGUUGAAGCAGUUGCUUCAGGCCAAACCUUUCCACCCAGUAGUUCCCCUGGUGGUUCUAGUCCCCAGUCAGGAAGAGGAGGCCACAGAGAAGGAAGUAGAAGAAGGUUUGAUGCUGCAGGAUUUGAUUUCAGCCCAGCUUAUUUCAGACUACACCAUUGUUGAGCUCCCAGGUUCCAUCAAUGACUUACAAGGCACCAGAAGG